CACCCCCCGCCCACAACAUGGCGCUGGCGGCGGCGGCUGAGAGGGGUCGCGGCGGCCUCGGGGUGCUGAGGCGGCUGCAAUGGAACCAAGUACAAAGAUUUGUGAAAUGGGCCUCAACGAUAGGAGGUCACAGCAUAGGGAAGAUUCUCAUCGCAAACCGAGGAGAAAUCGCCUGCAGAGUGAUGCGAACAGCGAAGAAAAUGGGUGUGAAGUCUGUGGCAGUUUAUAGUGAAGCGGACAGAAAUUCCAUGCACGUAGCAAUGGCAGAUGAAGCAUAUUGCAUUGGUCCAGCACCCUCACAGCAGAGCUACUUGGCCAUGGAGAAAAUACUGCAGGUGGCCAAGGUCUCAGCAGCACAGGCUGUUCAUCCAGGGUAUGGUUUCCUCUCAGAAAACACAGAGUUUGCAGAGCUGUGCAAGCAACAGGGAAUCAUCUUCAUAGGUCCACCUUCAUCUGCUAUCAGAGAUAUGGGUAUUAAGAGCACUUCCAAAGCUAUAAUGUCUGCUGCUGGCGUUCCUGUUGUUGAAGGUUAUCACGGGGAAGAUCAAUCAGACAAGUGCCUAAAGGAACAUGCCAAGAGAAUAGGAUACCCAGUCAUGAUUAAAGCUGUUCGUGGGGGUGGAGGAAAGGGCAUGAGAAUUGCUCAUUCAGAAAAGGAGUUUCUGGACCAACUAGAGUCAGCAAGGAGAGAAGCAAAGAAGUCUUUCAAUGAUGAUGCAAUGCUGAUUGAGAAAUUUGUAGAUAAUCCAAGGCACGUUGAAGUCCAAGUAUUUGGUGACCAGCAUGGCAAUGCAGUGUAUUUGUUUGAAAGAGACUGCAGUGUGCAGAGGAGGCAUCAGAAGAUCAUUGAAGAGGCACCAGGGCCAGGAAUUAAUCCAGAGGUUCGGAAGAGACUUGGAGAAGCCGCUGUCAAAGCAGCCAAAGCAGUGAAUUACGUGGGAGCAGGAACAGUGGAAUUUAUUAUGGACUCCCAACAUAAUUUUUACUUCAUGGAGAUGAACACCAGACUGCAGGUAGAGCACCCAGUUACAGAGAUGAUCACUGGCACUGACUUGGUGGAAUGGCAACUUAGGGUCGCAGCAGGAGAGAAGAUUCCCCUAAAGCAGGAAGAGAUCCUGCUCCAGGGCCAUGCAUUUGAAGCUAGAAUAUAUGCUGAAGACCCUAAUAAUAACUUCAUGCCAGGAGCUGGGCCGUUGUUGCACUUAUCCACCCCUCCUGCAGAUCGUUUCACCAGGAUAGAGACUGGAGUCAGACAAGGUGAUGAGGUUUCUGUUCAUUAUGACCCAAUGAUUGCAAAGCUGGUUGUUUGGGCUGAGGAUCGGCAAGCGGCGCUGAGGAAGCUGAGAUACAGUUUGCACCAAUAUAAUAUUGUAGGAUUAAGCACUAAUAUUGAUUUCUUGCUGAGCCUGUCAGGACACCCACAGUUUGAGGCUGGAAAUGUGCACACUAAUUUCAUUCCUCAACACCAUGAUGAACUAUUUCCAACCAAAAGGGCAACUCCACAUGAAGUUAUGUGUCAGGCAGCUCUUGGGCUUAUACUGAAAGAAAAAAUGCUAACAGAUGCUUUUAGAGAUCAGUCAGAGGAUAAAUUCUCACCAUUUGCAUCCAGCACUGGUAGAAGAAUAAAUAUAUGUUAUACUAGAAAACUGUCUCUGCUGGAUGGGGAAAACAUUGUGGAUGUAGCUGUAAGUUACAAUCAAGAUGGGUCAUACAAAAUGCAGAUUCAAGAUAAAACAUUCCUGAUUUCUGGAGAGAUGUUGAAUGAAGGUGAUUCACUUUACUUGAGGUCUUCAGUAAAUGGAACAGUGUGUAAGGCCAAAUUGGUCAUUUUGGACAACACCAUUUAUCUCUUCUUUCCGGAAGGCAGUGCUCAGAUUGGCCUCCCUGUGCCCAAGUACUUGACUGCAGUGAGCUCAGGGGGAGAGCAAAGUGGUGCUGUAGCACCCAUGACAGGCACAGUGGAAAAGGUGUUUGUGAAGGCAGGGGAUAAGGUUCAGACUGGAGAUCCUCUAAUGGUUAUGAUAGCUAUGAAAAUGGAGCACACCAUACGGGCUCCAAAGGCAGGAGUGAUAAAAAAGGUUCAUUUCCAGGAAGGUGCUCAGGCCAACAGACACGCUCCACUGGUGGAAUUCAUGGAUGAGGAAGCCGAGUCAAAAUGAAAUUCAAGGAAGGUCCAUUUCAUUUUUUCUACUUUGCUGAUUUUCUCCCAGGAGAAGACUUCUUUAUAUUUUCAGCAAACUGUUUUGUAUGAGAGACUGGGGAAUUGGUUUCCUCUGCACUUCCUGCAUAGGUUGACUGUAAAUUAUGCUGACUUCAGUGGAAUUUGGGUAUCACUAUCCUGUAAUUGUAUUUAUAACCCGUGGACCUGUGUGAUUGUUGUUCAGUGGUUACAUUUGCCUGUGGAAAGGCAUUGGAGUGGAAAAAGAUGUGGAACUCUCAAAGGAUGGGAGAGGUUAGUAAGGACUGUAAGGGACAGACAGGUUGGGUUCUUCUGCUUCUUCAUUCACAGCUGCCUUUUUCCCUGAGAUUUGAGAAGACUGAUUUGAAGGAAAUCUGAAGGAGACAAUUGGUUUAUGAAUUCAUUUUCUGGUGAAAUCCCUGAUUGUGGCUUAUGUUUUUGCCUUAAUAGGGAAUUCAGGAUUGUUCCUUAGCCCUGAAUCCUUCUUGGUCAUUUCUAUUACAUCUUUUUUUCCAAUUUACCUCAAUGAGUAGUGAAAAUUUGCAUUUCAAAAAUUAUUUUAAUUUACCUCAAAACAUCUGAUACAAUGCAUUUUUCAAAUACAUUUGCUACACUUAUCGAAGUUGGAACAUAAGUUGGUUUCUAAAAAUAUCAUUUGAACUUUAAAUAUGAAGUAGUAACAUAGAAAGAUAAGCUUAUUUAUUACUUGGAAAGUGUGCCAAAAUAAAAUACUGACUUCAAAAUCCUCGUUACUGUUCCCAUAUUGUUCAUGUUCUUCUAUGUUACUUAUUGGCUGGAAUGAAGUACAUCAAGGUCUUUGUAAUAACAUGAAAUAUUACUCUGAAUAAUAGAUUUUUUUUUUGUAUCUGCAGGGUUUCAGAAGGGAAAAUUGUUAGGUUUUUUGAUAUGCAAAGAAAAUACUUGGACUAAGCAUACUGAUCGUUUGCUAUACAUUUAUUUUAACUUAUUUAAAAGCCCCUCAGAGAAACAGGAAAAGGGAAAGAAAAAUAUCUUUUAAUUGUUGCAAACUUUGGAUAUAUUUUUACCUUUCAGUUAAUGUGAUGUUCUGGUUGUCAUGUGAAGUUUUGAUAUGCUAAUUUAAUUCAAUAAUAUGGUCUAUACUGCAGAAAGGAACGUAUCAGAUGCUGCAGUGAUCCCAAACUUGUAGUCAGAUCUGUGCAAAUGGAUCCUCACACUUACCUGAAAUCUUGUUUCUGAAUCAAUAUACAGCAUCAUGGGGAGUUCUCUGAUCUGCUUCUAUAAUUGUGCAGCCUUGCCUGCAAUGCAGAAAAACAUUAUAAAAAAGAAUUGGCUCUGGAUGGACUGUAUAUUAAAAGCAUACUGUAAUACUUUUCAAUGUUCCUUGUAAUCCUGUGGCCACCUAACAAAAAAUUCCAGUGAUCAUUUUGUGGAGUAUUGCCCCAGUGAUUUUUAUUUACUGCCAAAUAAAAAUUAAGCUUAACUUUCAA